AUGUUCCAAUGUCCAAAAUGCCAAAGGACCUUCGCGGUGAGGAAAAGUUUGUUGAGACACUGUAGAGCGAGGUGCAGCCAGGAUGAGGAGCCCGCAUCCAAGCGUCCAUGUAAUGCAACCGCUCCACGCGCACUGCAGACAACUAGCAUCACCCAGACCACCACAGGACUCAAUACCAGACGACUGGAUCCUUCAACAGCCAACGUUGCAAUACCGGGACCGAGUCGAAUGAGUCCAACCACCAGUAACGACUCACAGACGAGUGCGGAAAGCAGAACAAUUCGCUGUGAUAGUUGCAACUGUGAGGUACCGAGGAAUGCACAUGCAGCACAUCUGAAAAGCAUCAAACAUAAGGCACAUCUAUGGACACCUUUACACAAUAAUGUGUCAGUAUGUCGAAGUGCAUUUCGGGGUAGAAUAGUCAGUUAUCAAAUAACCGCCAGUAUAGACACGUUGAACGUUACUGAAUAUAUGAAUAAUCUUGAACAUGACUCCAUAAACGUGAUUGAAAAUGAAUUGCAUAAGCAAACAACGCUCAAAAUAAAUAUGGAACUUUUUGGUUUAUAUAUCUUACCAGCUAAAAGCCGACGAGAGGUGAAGUCCCACAAUACAAACAAUGUAAUCAUAACACAAUCAUCAAAUUUAAAAGCAAUCUAUCAUGAUUUGGAAAGUAAAAUAGAGCAAAAAUCUGAAGAUUUUGCAGAAAAAGACUCAGGGUGGGUGUUAGAAAAGACUUUAUAUUUAGAAAUUAAUAUUAAUAAAUAUAAUCCUUUGAGAGCAGCAUCAUAUUUGCCGCUUCCAAAGGAAAUUAGGAACAAAAAAGCAGUACUCAAUAUACGUAAUAACGAUGAGUACUGCUUUGCAUGGUCAAUUGUAGCUGGUAUGGUAAAACCAAAAGGUCGAUCAUCACUAACAACGUCAUAUCUACAUUUUUCGAAUGUUCCGGGCUUAAACUUUGCUGGAAUGACAUUUCCAGUCGCUCUCAAGUCAAUAUCAGAAUGUGAAAGCGUGAAUAACAUAUCAAGCAACGUUUAUGGAUUAGAAAAGGAAUUCAUUGAUGGGAAGCCUAAAUAUCAGGUGCUGGGACCGUUACACUACACCGCGCAAAAACAACAUACUCAUCUAAACUUAUUACUUAUUGAUGAUUCAGAAGGAAACCAUCAUUACUGCUUAAUUACCAACUUUUCAAGACUGUUUCAAGUCAGUUGUCGCGGAAUACGAGAGUAA